AUGCCUACCACUCCGCCGCCGCCUGCUCCCCGACCGAAAUCGAGCCGUGAUCAGCGAUUGCAAGUCCUUACCCUCCGCGACGCUGGCUUCUCCUAUAAGGCUAUAUCCGAUCAACUAGGCCUCUCCUACUGCCAGGCUACCCCAAGAAAGCCUAAGGGCCAACCACCCAAGCUCUCUGACGAGGAUAUGGAUAAGGUUAUUGCUUGGAUAUCUGCAUCUAAGGAUGACUGCCGCAAGCCUUAUAGCAAGGUGAUUGAAGAGCUAAGGCUCGAACCUUUCGCUCAAAAAAGGGGUCAUUCUAGAUAUGAAGCUCUCCAAAAGCCACCAACGUCUCAAGAGUAG